UACGGCAUUAUAGGCCUGAUAUCCCUAUCCUUAUCGGAGUAUGUAAUUGUAAUUAGCGGAAGGGAGCUUCAGGCUCGUCUUAUGGGUCACGACAUCUACCGUGCAACAGAAUUUGACCUCCUUCCCCUGAAUCCUAAUGUGUCAGCACACAACCCCCCGCACGCAGUGGAAGCUCAUCUGCUGGCCCUUGUCCGCUCGCAUCUCUAUGGAGGGAACUUUCUGUUCUCUUAUACAUGGGAUUUAACGCGCCGACUGCAGGCUCAGUCGCAAAAGCACGAGAAUGAAGCUGGAAAGUCGCUUUGGGAAGUGGUGAGUUCGGCCGACGAUCGCUUUUUUUGGAAUAGAUUUAUCCAGACGAGGCUUAUAGACUUGGCAGCAUCGGAUCGGAACAAAGACUAUGGCUCAUAUAUCCUUCCUAUUUUGUUUGGAACUUUUGACCUUCGGCCGGUUUUCCUCCGUGGCCGCCACAUGCAAUUAUGUUUGAUUAGCCGGCGCUCACGCUUUCGCGCUGGGACGCGGUACUUCCGGCGUGGUAUUGACCGUGACGGACAUGUGGCCAAUUUCAAUGAAACUGAACAAAUUUUACUUCUCGAAGGGCAGCCUGCUCCUGGAACAUCGGGUGCUUCAGAAGAGAAGUACACAAAGCUCAGUUUUGUACAAAUACGUGGGAGCGUCCCAGUGUUUUGGUCAGAAAUCAACACCCUGAGGUACAAACCCGAUUUACAAAUUAUGGACUUGCCAGAGACAGCAAGUGCAAUGCGGAGUCACUUGACGGAGCAAGUUGAAAUUUAUGGGGAAGAGGCUCUCGUCAACCUCGUCAACCAUACCGGCCACGAGAAGCCCGUCAAAGAUGCAUAUGAACGUUACGUCGCCCUCGUAGGUCUUGACUUACCCAAAGUCCGAUACGAAUACUUUGACUUCCAUAACGAGUGCAGGAAAAUGCGAUGGGAUCGUAUAAGUUUGUUGAUUGACAAGAUGAUGGAGGACCUUGAGAGGCAUAGUUACUUUUCGUCCAACCCUAACGACCCGACCUCCGUGAACUUCCAGAAAGGCGUCGUUAGAACAAAUUGCAUGGACAAUCUGGAUCGUACAAAUGUCGUGCAAGCUUCACUUGCGAGGUGGACAUUGAAUCGACAAUUGAGGGAGUUAGGGAUCCUGUCGCCUGAAGGUAGUAUCGACGACGUUGAGGCAGUUAGCAAAGAUUUUAGAGAAAUGUGGGCCGACCAUGCAGACGCCAUCGCCAAGGCAUACGGAGGCUCUGGCGCGCUGAAGUCGGAUUUCACCCGGACGAACAAGAGGACUCGCAAGGGUGCUAUAGAGGAUGGCUUCAAGUCUACCAUGAGGUACCUGAAGAACAACUUUUUUGAUGGAGCGAAACAGGAUGGCUUUGAUUUGGUUACGGGGGUUUGGAUUCCCAGAAAGAGUCCGAGUUCGUCUCUUUUUUUGAUUUCGGACACUCGUCCUUUGAUCACCCGCUCUAUGCCUGCUAUUGCAUCCUUUUCGCUCUUCAUGAUCUGCGCGGGUCUAACUUUGCCACGGUCAUCUGAUUACUCUCUCUUCUAUUACUUUUUGUUGUGGUUAACACUCUUCUCGAUGGCCCUUGCAUUCAUUACCAUUCACGGCAUUGAUUAUGUUGCAUGGCCACGACUCAACCCCCUGACCGAUAUCAUUUACUACAACGGCCCUGGGUUCCGCUCUGCGCAUCAUGGCAAGGGUUUGAAGGGCAAGACGGACAUGGGGCCCAAGAGAGCUCGGUUGGCCAACGGGAGAGUCAGAACUGGGCCUGAAGAAGUUGAACUUGGUUCUCUCAAAAAGCGUGUAGACUAA